AUUUCAUUUACCAGACAUUGAAUUACAUGUAACUGAGGGUAUUUAAGGUUCCAUUUCUUGUUAAGUUGCAUCAGAACGAUUCCAACCUUGUUACAUCAAGAACAGCUACAACUGACUGACUGCUACUACUGUACUGUGCUAGAUAUCAUCAGCUCUCAAUUCAUUUUGGAUCCAUCUUCAAUUCUGUUUCAAUCUUGUAAGCUCAGCAGCAACCACCAAGCAUGCAGCCAGAACUUGAGAACCAAACUACAGGAGAGGGGGAAGACUGUGGCACUCAGGUCAAUGUCAUCAAUCGUAUGGCUGCACUUCCUGUGGUCAGUUCAACUUUGUCGCAAGUGACCAAUGCUUACAACUGGAGUAAGGACAAGAAUAGUCUGGUCAAGUAUACUCUGGAAAUGGCUGAAAGUACUGUAGCCAUGGCUGCUAGCACUGCCCAGCCGGUGGUCAAUAGACUUGAAGGACCAAUUUCUGCUGUUAAUGAAUAUGCUAACCAGCAGAUGGAUAAACUUGAAGAGAAGGUCCCAGUCAUCACUGAAUCACCAGAGAAGAUGAUGAUGAAUCUCCAGGAUGGCACUAAGAAGAUGAUUGAGAAUACCAAGAAAGCUGGUUCAGAUCGCAUCAAUAACCUUCUACUGACCAGACUUGGGAAGGCACUGACCACUGGAGUGGACACUGCUUUACUGCUUUCUGAGUUUGCAGUGGACUACUACCUUCCUGAUGAAAACACCGCUAACAACGGUGAGGUGCAGGUCCCAGACCAAGCUUUAGCUGCUGCUGGAGUUGAACCUGAAGAUCAUAUCCCUGAGGAUAAGCCCCUUGAGGCGACUGUCCAGAAAGCAAGCCGUGUGUCCAACAAGGUCAGACGUCGUGUUGUCAACAAAGCCAUGCGUAAUGUCCGUUAUGCUCAGAAGCGUAGUCAGGAGACGCUUGAUAAACUGCACUUUACUGUAGACUUGAUCGAGUAUGCUCGUACAAACAUCGAUUCAGCUAACAAGGCUGUCCAGUCUCGGAUUGAGACCACCCAUCAAACUGUCUCUAAAACCUGGGACGACUGGACGUUGGAAGAAGAGAGUGAUGCCAAGAAGGAUGUUGACGCUGUGAACGGAGAACAGAAGACCUUAGCCAUUGCUCGCAAUCUUGCUGGUCGUCUACAAGUCUUGAGUGGUAACAUUGCAGGCUGUGUUCGUCUUCUACCACAGAAUCUAAGAGGCAAGGUAGAGGAAGGUCGUGAGCUUGCUGAUGCCCUUUAUAACUCACUGGAAGAGGUGCAGACGAUCCGUGAUCUACCAGCCAAUGUCCUUGUGACUGCUAAACAACAAUUGAACAAGAUGUCUGAUAUCUCCAUGUCUGUUGCUGAUUUCCUUGUCUCUUCAACACCACUUCAGUGGCUGGUACCCCAACAGGUGAGACAAUACUUAGACACUUCUUCUUCCACGUCCAAUGGACAUGUCGCUGAAAGCACCCCAUCGCCCCUUGGGGAUCACACCUACACCAAUAAUGGCUCCCGAUCCCAAUGACUAGCCACUGUAGACCUGCUGCAGGGCGUGGCACCAGGUAUGGCAUGGCGUCCUCCUCAUGACACUUCCCCAACCGGUUUGAAGCAAACCGGCCCACAUCGCUCACAUGAUACCCUGAACUGUGAUAAGAUCAUGCACCCAUAUGAUUCUAAGGAUGCGUUGAAGCAAGCCGUCCUUGAGGCAGGGUCGAUCAGGGCAGGUCCAUUCAAGGAGCUCCAACGCUCCCUGCAUGUCCUAGUCCAGUCCAUUUACAUCACAACCUCCCUUCACAUCCGCAUCAAGGUGACGGGUCCAGAUCGCUCCACCAAGCACCACUCUCGUAUCGAUUUCACUGCAUCUUCAUUGAUGUCUUUACCCCAUCCUGCCUCUCAUCAUUGCCGUCAUCCCUCUAUCACAUCAAGGGCUAUGUCUGUCACAGACUGAUCAAUGACUGGUUUCAUCAUUUUCACUUUUCAUCACCUUAAAGUUUGAUUUUCUAUCAAAUGGGGAAUUCUAGUUCAGAUUUUAAGAAAAAAAUGCCAGGACACAGAAUUGAUUUUCUGUCCACACAAAUGUGCCAUUUUAUGU